CAUCGCCUCCCACUCCGCCACGCUCGCUCGUCGCGCCUUCCACGCCUCGCCUCUCGCCGCCUUCGUUGCCACGCCCGUGUACAAGAUGGGCUCCGACGCCUCCAAGAACCAGCCCGCGGGCAACUUCCCGAAGGGAAAGAGCGAGAGCGAAUGGAGGACUGUGCUGAACCCGGAGCAGUUCCGCAUCCUGCGUGAGAAGGGCACCGAGAUGGCCGGCUCCUCCAAGCUCGACUCGCACUAUCCCAAGCAGGGCACUUACAAUUGCGCUGGCUGUGACACGCCCCUCUACACGGCCGAGACCAAGUUCAAGUCCGGCUGUGGCUGGCCGGCCUUCUACGCCGAGAUUCCGGGCUCGAUCGACCGGCACGUCGACCGGUCUUGGGGCAUGGAGCGCACCGAGAUCACCUGCAAGUCGUGCGGCUGCCACCUCGGCCACGUCUUCAAGGGCGAGCGCUUCAACAACCCCGUCGACGAGCGGCAUUGCGUCAACGGCAUCUCGCUGCGCUUCGCCGACGAGCAGUAGGG